UUUCCCGAAUUCUCUUGUCUAACCCUCCGCCGCUGCGACCCUCCGCUGCAAGGUGACGACGGUUCUAUUCCCCAAGUCUCUCUUUAAUUUGCUCGCUUGAGGUCGAACGCCACGGAAAGAUAGGAAGCAGAAGUGGAAGUGCAGAUGGAGCUUGAGGUCAAGGUGGUUGGAGGCAUCGAGAGCUGCUUCGUUUCGCUCCCUCUUUCUCUAAUACAUACCCUACAGUCCACGAGCGGUGGGUUCCUUCCCCCUGUUCUUGCCAUAGAGCUUCGAUCGUAUUCCGGCGCCUCCUGGAGCGUCGCAUGGUCGGGCUCUGCCUCAAAGUCCUCCUCAAUUGAGGUUGGCCAGCAAGUUGCUGAAUGUAUUUCUCUGCCAAAUGGAACUAAAGUGCAAGUGAAAGCAAAUGGUAAUCUGUCCAAAGCUUCACUGGUUAACAUAGAACCUAAUAGUGAAGAUGACUGGGAAAUCUUGGAGCUCAACUCACAGGCUGCGGAGGAGGCUAUUUUGAAGCAGGUAGGGAUUGUAUUUGAAGGGAUGAAGUUCCCUUUGUGGUUGCAUGGGCACAUGGUUGUUGAGUUUAUUGUUGUCUCAAUUUUUCCUAACAAACCGGUAGUUCAACUCAUGCCAGGUACUGAGGUUGCUGUUAGACCAAAAAGUCGGAAGAAUAGAGUUGGUGCUUGUACCGAGGUACAAAGCCACUGUUCAAUAGAUGAAAAAAAGGGGACAAAGGCAAUAUUACGCAUUCAAGCUUCAGAGGGAAAUCAUGUGCAUAAAUUAGUGUUCGGAGGUGUUGAGUUUGGCGUGGUACUCACUUCUGUUGUUCACUUACACCCAGAAACAGCUAGAAAGCUUUCAUUUGAUAAUCUUCAGUUAGUUGUUAUCGAGCCUAGAUUACCACAUCUUAAGGCAAUGAAAAAUUUGAAAGAUGCUACACAGAGAGGAAGUAAUUUUGCCAAUAGUGAAGGGAAUACCAGGGAUUCAUCAAAUAGUACAAGAAGAGCCCGACACACAAUUCUUCGAAUUUUAUAUUCUGAUACAGUUGCCAAAGGGCAUAUGAUGCUUCCAAAGGCUAUCCGUCUUUUCCUAAGAGCUGCCAUACAUUCAUGGGUCUGGAUAAAGAAAUAUAAUUAUAAUCCAAUGAAGGAUGUCCCUUUUUUGACCCUUUCCCCUUGCCGGUUUCAACUUUUUGGGAAGAAUAACAGCAUUGAUAAGGACGAUUUGAAUGUAUUUGAGAGUCGCCAAAAGUUUAAGAGAAAUAGCACAGAUACCAGGCCAUCUUCCUUGAUGAAUAUGAAUGUGGCAGACUUGGGGAAACAUGAAAAUUUUCUUGAAUCUCUAUUUGACAAAGUUUGUGUGAAUGGAGAUAAAAAAGGUGUCUCGAGACUGGAUACAAAAUGGGAUCAGAAGUUUCUUAUUCAAGCAUGGUUUAUUGGACAACUAAAAGAGCUUGCAUUGCAUUCUAGCCAAAUGGAGCUCACGUCAAUUACUUUGCCGAAGGAAACUAUACUUCAUUUUGAAAUCACAAAUUAUGACUUAGUACCCAAAUCAAUGAAAAUGUUGUUUUCUGAGGGACACUUGGAGAAGCAGAGUGAACAGUGUACAUUUGAGCUACUGUACCUUUUAGUUGCAACAUUUGAUGAAUCUUGUCAUGAUGAGCUGAAGCAGAGUUAUGAACUCACCUUAAAUGCUGGAAACAAAGAUGUCCAUAGCAUAAACGAUCUGGGGUUAAUAUCUGAAAAGCUUGAGUUUGGAGAUCCUCUUCAUCUUGAUUCUGUUUUGGAAGGUGGAUUUGGCCGAAAGUUUAAUUUGACCUUGUCUUCUUUGAGUUGGAUGGAGAAAGCUGCCACUGAUGCUAUUAAUAGGUUGUUAGUGCUCUUGUCUCCGUCUUCUCUAAAAUUAUUGAACACAUUUAAUGUACCCCUCCCAGGACAUGUGCUGAUUUAUGGACCUCCUGGCUCUGGAAAAUCUACAUUAGUCAUGGCUAUUGCUAAACAUUUGGAAGAGCAUGCAGAAAUCUUAGCCCAUGUAGUAUUUAUUGGCUGCUCAAAACUUGCUCUUGAGAAGAGUCAAACAAUUCGGCAAGCAAUUGCAGAUUAUGUUUCUGAAGCUCUAGUUCAUUCCCCUUCCAUUAUCGUUUUUGAUGAUCUGGAUAAUAUUAUUUCGUUCUCAUCUGAUUCUGAGGGAUUACAGACUUCCACUUCUGUCACUGGUUUGGCUAAUUUUUUGAUAGACAUUAUGGAUGAAUACAGGGAAAACUGUCAGAACUCUUGUGGAUAUGGCAGCAUUGCUUUCGUGGCUUCUGCUCAGUCUCUUGGAAAGCUACCUCACUUAUUAACAUCUUCUGGGAGGUUCGAUUUCCAUGUAGAGCUACCUGCCCCUGCUGUGUCUGAAAGAGGAGCUAUACUGAAGCAUGAAAUCCUGAAGCGUGGUUUACAUUGUUCCGAGGAUAUAAUUUCCGAGAUUGCUUCCAAAUGUGAUGGUUUUGACGCAUAUGACUUGGAAAUUUUGGUUGAUCGUGCUGUGCAUGCUGCUAUUAGUCAUUCAUUAGCUUUCAAUGAUACGGAGCCUGAAAAGCCUGUUUUGAUAAAGGAUGAUUUUUCGGAAGCACUGCAUGACUUUGUUCCGGUUUCCAUGCGUGGGUUAACAAAGGCUGUUGUUGAAGGUGGGCGCAAUGGGUGGGAAGAUAUCGGUGGACUUAGCCACAUUCGAACUGCCAUUCAAGAGAUGAUCGAAUUGCCUUCUAAGUUCCCAAAUAUCUUUGCUCAUUCACCGUUGAGGAUGAGAUCAAAUGUGCUAUUGUAUGGGCCUCCUGGUUGUGGAAAAACUCACAUUAUAGGAGCUGCUGCAGUUGCUUGCUCUCUUAGAUUUAUAUCUGUUAAAGGGCCUGAGCUACUCAACAAAUACAUUGGUGCUUCAGAGCAAGCUGUUCGUGAUUUGUUCUCAAAAGCAGCUGCAGCAGCACCUUGCCUACUGUUUUUUGAUGAGUUUGAUUCUAUCGCACCAAAGAGGGGUCAUGACAACACAGGGGUUACUGAUCGUGUUGUUAAUCAGCUGCUGACUGAGUUAGAUGGCGUGGAAGCAUUAACAGGGGUUUUUGUUUUUGCUGCAACUAGUCGACCAGACUUGCUGGAUGCUGCACUUCUGCGUCCUGGAAGACUUGAUCGUCUUCUUUUUUGUGAUUUUCCAUCAUGGCAUGAGCGCUUGGACAUUCUCAAAGUUCUUUCAAGGAAGCUUCCAUUGUCUGCUGAUGUCAAUUUGGAAGUGAUAGCAUCCAUGACUGAAGGGUUUAGCGGGGCUGAUCUUCAAGCUCUUCUGUCAGAUGCUCAGCUUGCUUCAGUUCACGAGCUUUUGGACAGGGAAGCCACUGGUAAAUGGGAAAGAAUUCCUAUUAUUAAUGACAUGCUUCUGAAAUCUGUUGCUUCAAAGACAAGACCCUCAGUUUCAGAAACUGAGAAGAGGAGACUCUACGCGAUUUAUAGCCAAUUCCUGGACUCAAAGAAGUCUGUGGCGUCUCAGAUAAGGGAUGCCAAAGGUAAAAGAGCAACCCUUGCAUAAUUUUGUACAGUGGAGUGAACAGCAGAAACAACUAGUGGUUGAAUUUUUUGAAGAGGAAAGCUGAUGCAGAAAUAAGGGGUGAGUUUCUUUUUAUUAUUUUUUUAUCAUAAAAUUUCAUUUUAUUUUGAAGAAAUCUCUUUUUUUUUUUUUUUUUUGGGAUUAUUCUAAGAAAAGUUAUGUAAUAUUAUCAUAUGUUAGGAUGAUCCAA